AUGUUCCUUCCCGAACAAUCGAACAUUCCCGGUAGCGUCACGUAUGUCUCGCGCGCAGCUGGCAUACCAUCCAGUAGCACAACCCAACAAUAUCAGGGCGGAGAGUGUAUGGGGGUGCCCUCUGAGCUGGAUGCCAUUGACGGUGGGUGUGCGUGGCGCACUGCUUCCAAAGGGGUUUGCGCAAGUCAAUUGCCUCGAGGUGGGAGUGUUGCAGUGAGUGUGUCUGCACCCUUCAUCCAUCUUACGGAUUGGGGUGACGCAACGGUGUCGACGAGGGAGAUAUCAGAUAACGCAGCUGAAGUGCCCGCCGCCAGGAGUAUUGGAAACAGGGAGGGAGUGGAUGGAAGUCUAACUUCCUCUGUCUUUCCAAGUGGUGACGUGAACAGUACGAUUGACCUCCCCAUUUCUUUGGUGAACUCGGCGUUACCGAACCAGGAGAAGAAUAAUAUGGAGUUUCAAGAUGACUGUCUUGCCCAUGUUUUUUCGCGGCCUGAAUCACCUUUUAAAGAUUUUUCUGCAGAGAGCGAAGAUCCCUUUACCAUUAUGCAAACGCGGUCGGUUACGUGUAACCCGAACAUCUGGGAGGUGGAGGGGAAAGAUGUGCAGAGUUCCUUGAUCCACGACGCCGUUAAGGUUGGAAUGUCUCAGAUUACGCCGAGCUUGUUUUCGCCAAUUACAGAAGCGAUGGAAUCCGCCAUCGACAAGGUGAAAGUUGCGCCUGAUGGAUUGAAUGACUGUAGAACAGUAGGCCCCCAACAGCCCACCGAAGAGCAGAGAAUUCCAGUGGUUGAUCCGCAGCGGUCCAAGCUACACGUGCCGCUCAGCUCCAUCAUUCCUACAAAAGCACUUGGCGGCCGCGUUUCCUUCCCGAGUCUGUGCCUUCUCUUCCAAUCUGGUCGUUGCCUCCGUGGAGCGAGCUGCUAUCAAAUGCACAUAGACCCCCAGGUGGUGCAGCGACUCCGUCAAAUAAACGAAAGCCUUCCCUACUGUUGUGCCUUUCAUGGCGAGUGUAACGCCAACAAAUGGGACGCUGAAGCGAAUGCCCAUCGUACCAUCUUAAUAAAGGGCGCGGCGGUACCUCUGAGUCGAGUGGCAUAUACCAACGGGUUGGAACGCUUUGUGUUGAAGAACAAUGCGUCCCGCUCACUGAACACAUGCGCUGUCUGCCGCUUACACGGUAAACCGGGAGGUUGCCGGUACGGAGCGGACUGUUGGUAUGUGCACAUCUGUCGAGACGUGUUGAAGGAGCUGGUCGCUACUAUAAAGCUAGACUUGGAGGACCCUGGCAGUGAGGAUCAGUGUAAGGUUCCGACAAAGACUGAAAGCACAGGAAACAGAGUUGUUUCGGGUGACCUCUUGGGGGCACUGUCACAGCAGCAGAAUAGGAGAAAGCAGCAGAACUAUCCGACUGUGGCGUUUCACCCUUCAAAGUCACCCACGAUGAGCCACUUGCAUAAGGGAAGGAGUAUAGUAAGUAGCGAAAGGGAUGGAACUCAUUCUGGGAAGUUGUCUUCACACGGUUCUGCCUCCACCAAUACCUUCUCGGCGCGUGCGUCGCCAACGGUUGGACAGAUCACUUCAGACGGUACCACCUGCCGGAAUGUGUUGGUUCAGCAGAGGCCACCUGUUUAUGAAGAUGGCCCUCUCGGCGAAACCAGACACGGCCUCGCAACAACAAUGAGGCUGCACGGUGUGGCUUUCCCCGUCACCGACCCAAGCGAGGAGAAAAGCGUGCCAUCACCGUCACAGUUCAGCUUAAACGAUCGACAGAGCGUAACCCCAAUCAGUGGUAGGGAAGUGAGCACCCCGUCUGUGCCGUGCUGUGCAAUGUAUUUUCCACAGAAGCAGUCAUCAGUAGCCCCUUGCCCACAACCAAUGCAAAAUGGACAUACCGUUUGGCCGUCGACAGUUCUGGUGCCUUCCACAACUGUGAUGUAUCCUAUGAUUUCUGCAACGGGACUACCGGUUGCUAGCGCGCAGCAGCAGAUGGGAACGGAUGGGCAAACGUACGGCCCCUUCUGUUUCGUCUCAGGUCGGGAAGACGGCUUUCGCAACUUGUGCUUGCCAAUGUACGGCUCUGGCAAGGGGAAUAUGCCUUCACAAGUUCCCCUACACGUACCCUUUUGA